GACGUCCACGCUGUGUGUCUUGUUCGCAUCUGAAACUGUGCUUGCUGCUGGUGGCGGCACAGAAGUGCGAAGUAAAGUACACUUUCAUUUCUUGUUUCGUACAUCUAGCAGUUCAGUUCAGCUCAUACCUUCGCUCUGCCGGUUCUUAUUUUCUUCUUCUCGGACGACUGUGAACCACCGUCAAUAAUGCAGUCCGUACAGAGUCAGCUCGAAGGAGUAUCUCUCUCCUCGCCCUCUGCUUCAACUAAUGGAUUAUCAAAUGGAGACCACAAGCCAGGGGUUCUCCAAGAGCCAGUGAAGCUCUUUGUCGGCCAGAUACCGCGGUCCUACUUUGAGAAAGAACUUCAACCGAUAUUCUCCGAGUUUGGAACUAUCGUGGACUUGAAAGUCCUCAAGGACCGGGUUACAGACCAUCAUAAAGGAUGUUGCUUCCUAACAUAUGAGAACAAGGACAGCGCGGACAAGGCCAUAAAGGCUCUCCAUGACGUUCGCCAACUCCCUGGUAUGGCGCGCCCUUUGCAGGUGAAGCCAGCGGAUAACAAUGAAACAAAACCAGAGGAGCGAAAGCUUUUUAUUGGCAUGCUCUCUAAGAACAGCGUUGAGAAAGACGUGCGCGAGAUACUUUGCCCGUAUGGAACGGUCGAAGAGUGCAAUGUGCUACGUGACGACAAGGGUGUCAGCAAGUCGUGUGCAUUUGCACGCAUGGGGUCCAAGGAGGAGUGCCUGUCUGCCAUCAAGGGACUGCACAAUGCCAGGACAAUGGUGGGUGCCUCCUCACCUAUAGUCAUCAAGUUUGCCGACUCUGAGCGCGAGCGUACCGCAAGAAGGCUGCACCGCAACAUGAUCAGCUUUGGCAUGAUGAACCCCUUGGCCCUAGCAGCCGUCAACGGCGGACAUGGAGCUAUGGCGGCCUAUGCACAUCAGAUUGCACAGUCGAUGUUAUUCCAACCCAACCCAUUUUCAGGCGGACAUGCGCAAGCACUUGGUGGACCGAGUAAUGACCAGCUACUAGCGCAGUAUUCUGCACCAGGAGCAGGCGCUGGCGUAGUUCCUAACUUAGCACUGUACCAGAACUUACUGGCCCGACAGGGUAUUCCCAACCCAACUGCCUUCCAACAUCAGCAGGAAGGACCUGACGGCUGUAACUUAUUUAUUUACCAUAUUCCCGCUGAAUAUCGCGACGCGGACCUCAUGCAGCUGUUCUCCAAUUUUGGUGUAAUUCUCAGUGCCAAGGUCUUCAUCGAUAAGCAGACGAAUCAGAGUAAAUGCUUCGGUUUUGUGAGUUUUGACAACCGUCAGUCUGCAACACUAGCUAUUUCGUCAAUGAACGGCUUCCCAAUUGGCACCAAGCGCCUGAAAGUGUCCUUGAAGCAAGCAAGAGAGCGCAGAUACUAGCUCCCGUCCUACUGUCGCCGAAGAUUGCGCUGCGUAGUCCGGUAGUUCUCGCUUGGUCUGCGUCCUGUGACUCGGCGACAAAACGUGUAGUAGGUGUUGUGGUUGUGUUUUUUCUAGAGCGGGACCAAGGGCCCCCUCUCCUACCUUAUAACCACCCCGCCAUCCUAUCCGAUCGAGGUCUCUUAAAAUCCAGUUUAAACGUAUCCGCUACCUUAUGAUUUGCGCUGUGAGCCAAAUUCGCUGGGCUCCUGAACGGUAUCCAAUUUUAAAAUCUAUAUCCAAACUAUUUAUGAGAAGAAACAGAUUGAGGAACCUAGGUGUGCUGAAUGAAUUAUUUCAUCGCUCCGUACUCCUUUUCACCUUUCUAGCCCCUUUUUAGCCUCCAUCCCAACACAUGGCAACUCAGCCGCCCCUAACGGGUUGUUCAGUAGUAGAUGCUACUUGUUUGCAGUUGCAAGCAAUGUCCACGUCUCAUCGUCCCAAUGGUGAAUUAGCUACAGGCCUAUGAUGCUACAGUGACUACCUAUCUUCCUCCUAUUAGCACUCAAUUGCUCACUGGCACACAACAAGCGCUUGGCUGGUGUGUUGGCAGCCAACACCGCCCGCCACUAUGUUUACGGUUUCCAGGCUCAGGCAUGGCCCCAAACAUUGCCACCUCCUGUAUCUCUCAGUGUGUUGUCCAACAAACCCGGGUAAGAGCCAGUCCCUUGCCAGACCCUCCCCUGAUUUGUUUUACCUCUCUCUGUCCUUCUUCUCACUGUAGUUUGCUGUGCUACUUUUUUUACGUUUUCACCUAUUCUCACCAUAUUCUUUUUAGUGAGUCGCUUCAUAUUUGCGUUGGAUGGUUUUAGUCGGGCACCUUGAAACGUUAGUUACGUUCUUAGUGUGUUUUUAAUCCGAAGUGGUAGUGUGAUAGUGGUAGUGGUAAGUCAUAUUUUAGUUACUCUGCUUGUUUACUCUCCUGCACCAUGCUCUGCACUAUUUGCUCUUAGCUGUUUAUUACUGGUCGCUCUCGUCGUUGUCGCUCUCAUGCGCAUGUGGUUUGUCCACCGUGUUUUAGAACCCCCUCCCCUCUCUCUCUUCUGUGUGUUCAUGUCGUUGUUUCCGUGGCAAUCACAAUAUCUUGGUGUGUGACGGAGUAUUAUCAUUACAAUUAUUAUCACCACUUUUCUACUACUCCGUUGUUAUCCCAAGCUCCCUUUUCGACGGGGCUAACCCCCUCAAGCUGGUGCAGGUGAGGUGUGGCUUUUUUUGGAUGUUCGCUUUAUUUUUCCCUAGUGAUGACGACUGUUGUGUUCUCUCGUGUUUGCCUUUAUUUGCGCCUUGUUCAUUCCUUUGCUGUAAGUUGGCCAGAGCUUUCUGGACCUUACUUUUUUUACUAUCAUCCCUGUGUUCUUUCACGUGUUGGUGUUUUGCCAGUGUUCCUCUUUUUUGCACAACAUUGUGCCCUAGGUUCCUCUCCACACAACUAACCUUGUUUUCGGCCAUCACAAAACUGCACACACCGUUAUCUACUCUCAGCUAUCAAGACUGUUUGAUACUAUAUAUAUUUUCCCGUCUUGUGACAACUGAAAUCGCUACAGAGAAGUCUGAUCACCUUUGAUUCAACAUUCAUUCAAAAAGACGAUCACCUUUGAAUAAGUAUUCAUCCGAAAAAAUCUA